UCACGUGAUUUUAGGUGUUUCCUGUUAAGCAAGAAAUCAAGAAAGAGAACGAAUACAAACUUCACUUCGAUCAUGCAGUGAACAUCAAUUGAGUUUUAAGCUUACACAGCACUGUGUUGAUACAAUGUUUUAUGAUUAUAUGGAUCAAGGAUAACCAGAGUACAGAAUGAGUAGUGGCUCCUCCCCUGUGUAUGAUCAGUAUGAACAGAUAAGGCAGGCUGAGAGGGAAAGGGCAGAGAUCGUCGGCAGAUAUGACAAGGGAAGAGAAGAAGGAGCACAAAUUGAUCCAUGGGAGGACCCAACAUUUGAAGUGUAUCAUGUGACAGAUAGAUAUGGAUUUAUACAUGACAGUAGAUUACCAACCCAAAGAGAUGCUGCUGAAAUUAAGGCAAAAGAAGUGGAAUCAGAGAGAACCAAGAAAUGGCUGAAGAUGAUGAAAAGCUGGAAAAAAUAUUAUCCUGGAGAGAAGAUGACCAGAAGGAUUUACAAAGGUAUACCAGAUAGUUUAAGAGGUGAAAUAUGGGCUAGACUACUAGAUAUCAACAAAGUUAAAGCUGAACAAAGUGGAGUCUAUAGAAAAAUGAAGAUGAGGGCAAGAGCCAAAUCCCCAGAUAUAAGACAAAUAGACUUAGACAUAAACCGUACUUACAGAAAUAAUAUAAUGUAUAGACAAAGAUACAGUGUCAACCAGCAAGCUCUGUUCCAUGUACUGUCAGCAUACUCCAUGUACAACACAGAGGUUGGUUACUGCCAGGGAAUGAGUGAAAUAGCAGCUCUCUUACUUAUGUAUCUUAAUGAAGAGGAUGCAUUCUGGGCUCUAUCACAAAUGUUUUGCCAAAAGAGAUAUGCAUGUCAUGGAAUGUUUAUGCAUGGUUUUCCCAAGUUAUUAAGAUUCCAGGAACAUCAUGACAAUAUUCUCAGGAAAUUUUUACCCAAGUUGAAGAAAUAUAUGGAUAAGAAUGAUAUUUAUACCAGUCUUUACACUAUAAAGUGGUAUAUGCAGUGUUUUCUAGACCGGAUUCCUUUUACACUAACAUUAAGGUUCUAUGACGUGUUUAUGUUGGAAGGUGACAAAAUGUUGUGUGCUGCAGCUUAUACAAUACUUAAACUUCAUAAAAGAAGGUUAGUAAAGUUUAGCAUGGAAAAUGCUGUUGCCUAUUUACAGUCGGGGCUAGAGAAAGAUUUUGGUUAUGAAGAAGAUGCUGUCAUGGACCAGAUACAAGUCAGUAUAGAGGAACUGAAUAAAGCUAAGAUGUUACUACCUCCAAAAGCUAAAGUUAAUGAGGAAGCUACUCUUCCUUUUGGUCUAGAAAUUGAACCUAGUAUUGAACAAAUAAUAAAAGGACGUAACCCAAAUUCAGCAGAUGAACAUUUCAAACGAAACCCUCACAAAGGAAAGGCAGGGUACCUUCGAAAGAGAGGUUUAUCUAAUUCAUUUACACCCGAGCUUGGAAGAAGUCAUGCAGAGUCAUCAUCUAUGCAGUCAAGCCAAUUGUCAUUUGAUGACCAGUCUUCAUACUAUGAUACUGCUGCAAAUUCUCGUUUGUCUUUGGCUGAUUAUCAUGCAAAACUAUCAAUGCAAAGUUCGCGGACAUCUUAUGCAGGUGAUUCUGACAUGGGCGAAGAAGCCAGAUAUACUCCUGUCAAUGACGAUAUGUCUCCAACUACUGCAAACUAUAGCCAUAACUCUCACGAAACAACCGUAGAAAAUAUUGCUGAAUUAAACGGUCAACAAACUCCCUCAGUACACUCAGAUUACGAUAACAUGGAAACUGAAAAUGUGAACUUUGACCCCCAAGCAGGUGACGAUAUUGAUAUGCAUCCCCUCAAUGAUCCAUUUCCGUACGUUGACACUAGUCCACAAAGAGAAACUGACAUCAAUCAUACUAAUCAUAAAAAUCACAUUGAAACUAGUCCACGAUAUGUUACUGAAAUACAUGUACCAGCCAGCAAGUCAGACGGCUACAUCCGUGCAUCUAAUAAGGAUUGGGUGGAUCAGAACGAGGAUGAAGAAUUAAACUCUCAAACUAUUUUCUCUCGGGGCGAUGCAAUGAUUGAUGAAAAGAAUUCUAAUAAUGGUGUAUAUAUCUCUGAUUAUAGUAAUGGUUAUCUAGGUACUAAGUCACAGAGCUGGCAUUCAGAAAUGUCUACUUCAUUUUCUGUUGUAAAGCAAAGUCAACAUUAGCUCAAAUCUAUUUGUAAUAGUCGGCAAAUAUGUUGUUAUUUUUUAAAGAUGUAAUUUUCAUAAAUACAUACAAGUAUACAUCUAAGGUUACGAAUGAUGAAAGAGUAUAAUACUUCUUACAUAUUUUUGUAAACUUUUAUUUGCAGUCUAAAUUUUAACCAAUAGUGCAAUGAUCAUCAGAUAAAACAUUAGAUAGAAAACCUCUUUCUCACAGAAAUUUAUCUUGAAUUGUUUAAUUGUACAAAAGAAAACACUACUGUAUUAUUUACUGAUUUACCUGAAAAGUAAUUUCAUUGCCAAUACCAUUUUGAUGAAAGUUUUAUUUUCUUGAUGAUAAAUUCAUUUAAAUCAUGCUUUUCUAUAAAAGUUUGCUUUUAUUACUUUGAAAGAAUUUAAUUUUAUGGAUACAAAUAAAAAAAAACAUUUUUUUGGUUGUUUUUUUUACUAAAAACGUCAUUUUGAAAAGAGUGAUAUAACUGUUGCUGAAAUUCAUAUAUACAUUCUCAGUUUGGAUUUUAUUUGCUUUUUUAGUUAAGAUUUAGUUGCCCAACAAAUUGUCCUUCAAUAGCCAUUUUAAUUUUCGAUAGAAAAUUUCGCUUGAAGACUGUGAGGUCAACAAUAAAUUAGUUUUUAAAUGGUUAUUACCUUUGGAUUGUAGGCCCGUCUCAGUCAGACAUUCCCUUUUUUUCAGACCCUUUUCCACCAUUAUGAAAAUAUUCUUAAAAUAUAACAUGAAAAAAAUGUUUCAUUACAACUGUUUGCCUUGUUGAUAACUUGUUGAUGAUUGUUAAACAGCCUACAGAACAUGCAGAACAUUAUCAACAAUUACUGUCAAAGCUCUAUUUGUUGGAAACAUUUCCAACUUUUCUGUAUGAUCCAUAAUUGACAAGUUUCAUUAACAGUGCUAUUUACCAUUGUUCAUUUAUCAGUUUAUGACCAGUAAAAUAAAAAGACCAAUCUAUCUGUAUUUUAUGGAGACAUUUAAUUCAGGUCAUUUAUUUGACACCUUUAGACCAGAGAAUAUACAGUAUAUGUAUCUUAUAUUUCAAACCAUUUGUCAUAGAAAUGAAAAUACUGCCAUGACAUUGAAUAGCUUGCUACAGUUGAAUUUCUGGGGUUGAAGUUAUAAAACUUUGCUUAGUGCUUGGAGCGCAAAAAUCAUGCUCGAAACAUGAAAUCAAACAUUUUGAUUGGUUGAUUUUGGAGUAUGAGUACCAAAAACUGACUCUAGAUGCAGUACAUGUGUAAAUGAAUAUAGGUAUGAUCUCAAUGGUCAAGUACUAAAAAAGAUCAAACUUACUUAUUGCAUAUGCAUUUACUUUUACCUCAGUCGUAUGUAGAUACUUGAAAUGAUGUGCAAUGUAUACAUAAAAUUGUUAAAUCUAUUUAUUAAGUUCUAAGAUGAGUUUUCCUUGGGGGGGGUUGCUACUUUUUAUAAUCAGUUUGUGGACCCCUUCUUUUAAGGGCGAAUUUAUUUUUAAGAACCAAGGAUUGAUAUAUAUCCACUUAGGACAUUUAAAUUUCUAUUGGAAUUUUUAAAACAAGGAUUUCUGAUAUAUAAUAUAUAAACCUUGAUGAAUGUUGUUUUUCCUAUGACACAAUUGUGGAAUCGGUAUAUGCACAGAUUAUAACCAUGAUUACAAUAACAAUAAUAAGAUUCAACUUACAUUUUUUGAGAAUAUACAUAAUUGUUAUAAAAUGUGUCCACAACAGUUAUUUUAAGAAAUGUUUUGUUGAAAGUAGAAUUUUAAUAUGUUUAUUACAAUAUACAUAUACAUUAAACAUAUCAUUAUCCGAUUAUAUAGCUUUCCUAAAUGUGUGUUACUACAGAAAUAAACCAAUAUAGCAGAACCAUGAGCAAUCCAGAUUACUAACAUGUGCCAAUGUGUAUUCAUAGCUGCUUUUCGUCAUUUUUUGUGUUUUCACUUUCAUUUUAAUUUAAUAUCAUUUUCAUAUUGUAAAGGCAUGCUCAUCAUAUACUCAAUUUAUGUAAUAUGCAUAUUUCAUUAUCUCACAUUUUCAAUUGUUUUGUCUUAUAUUAAAUUCAAUGAAGGUAUAGAAAUAAAUGUGAUUUCUUGCUAAUUUUUAUAUGUGAAACACAAAGAAAUUAUAAUGACAUAUUGA